AUGGCGCAGGACCGCGCGACUGCUGCUGAAGGUUGCCGGAAACUCGUAUAUUCAUGGGGAGCGAACGAGGAUGGGCAGUUGGGCACGGGCGCGUUGGCGCACUCAGCAGCGCUGCAGCUGGUGCCGGCGCUGGCAGGGGCGGACGUGGUGCAGCUCGUGGGCGGCAGCAGGAACUCGCUCGCGCUCACGCAGGACGGCCGGGUGUUCGUGUGGGGGUGGAACCAGCGCAGCACAUUGGGCCAUCCACCCGCCCCGGCCGCCCCGAGAGAAGCCGUCCCCUGCCAGGUGGAGUCGCUUAAAGACGAGAAGAUUGUGCAGGCAGCCAUUGGAGGGUGGCACUGUCUAGCCGUAAACGAGAAGGGGACAGCGUUCUCCUGGGGCGGCAAUGAGUACGGGCAGUGUGCAGCCAAGGUGGCUGACAAGCUGCACGGCAACAAGCUGAGCGCGCGCGACAUCCUCUCGCCCUUCCCCUGUGUGCCGCAACUGCGCGUCAAGCAGGUGGCAGCGGGCGGCACGCACUCGGUGGUGCUCACGAGGGAGGGCGACGUGUGGGUGUGGGGGCAGCCCUGGCCGCCCGCUGACGCCAAGCAGGUGUGGGUGCCGGCCAAGGUACCUGGGCUGAAGGGCGUGAGGAGCAUAGCAGUGGGCGCGUUUCACAACCUGGCACUGCAGGGGGAUGGCCGCGUGGUGGCGUGGGGUAACAACGAGUAUGGACAGCUGGGUACAGGGGACACACAGCCACGCUCGCUGCCUGUGGAGCUGCCUCAACUCACACAGGCUGAUGUGGUGCGUGUGUGGUGGAGUGAGUAG